UAGGCACUGUAGCACUGGUAACAUUAUUGCAGUUUUGCAAAAAAACUUUUAUUUUUACAAUUGAAUUUUUUUAUCAACGCCGAAAUAAUUUUUAUUUAAUGGAAGUAACUUUCUUCUGAAUAAAAUAUUUGCUGAGUUGGCUCCUGCGUAGAACAUCGUAGAAUGUACUGACAUUCAGUCUGUCGUAACGUGGCGGCGCUGCGCUCGUGUGCCGCAGGAGUGGCCUGCUGUCAGUUUAGUAGUUUUCUGUGAUAAGAAAUACUGUGAAAUUAUAGUUUAGUUAAAUAAAAUAUAUCACGAUGUCGACGUCUGGUGAAUUCGGUAACCCUUUACGCAAAUUUAAAUUGGUCUUUCUUGGUGAACAGAGUGUGGGAAAAACAUCUUUGAUCACAAGGUUCAUGUAUGAUAGUUUCGACAACACAUACCAGGCAACAAUUGGUAUAGACUUCCUAUCAAAAACAAUGUAUUUGGAGGAUCGCACUGUUCGUCUGCAAUUAUGGGAUACAGCAGGACAAGAGAGAUUCCGUUCACUCAUUCCUUCAUAUAUUAGAGAUUCUACCGUGGCUGUUGUUGUUUAUGAUAUUACAAAUGCAAAUUCAUUCCACCAAACAUCAAAAUGGAUAGACGACGUGCGCACAGAGCGUGGCUCUGAUGUGAUAAUUAUGCUGGUGGGGAACAAGACUGAUCUGUCUGAUAAAAGACAGGUCUCCACUGAGGAAGGAGACAGGAAGGCGAAGGAGCUCAACGUUAUGUUCAUAGAGACCAGUGCUAAGGCUGGGUAUAAUGUUAAACAGUUGUUCCGACGGGUUGCGGCUGCCCUUCCUGGCAUGGACUCUGCUGAGAGCAAGCCACCCGAAGAUACUGUGGACCUGCAGACCCAGUCCCCAAUGGGCUCCGAGCAAGAGGGCAACGAAAGUGGGUGCGUUUGUUGAACGGCUUAGAGCCCCUGUGCCUACUUUAUAUCUUUUUAUGUGCCCCGCUUAAAUGUGAUCCAGUUUGUGUCGAACGCACAAUUUUACGUUUAUUACGAAUAGUCUAAGCAUUUUAUUUACGUUUUCCACAUUAGAACACUAUUUUUAGCAAAAGAAAUGGCUUAAAACAAAUUAACUUACGUCCAUACAAUGUCAGUAUCUAACAACUUGUACGAUGUUUUGCGUGCGAAAUACGCUACCGGGACGCAUUUAAAAAAAUAAGUUUAAAUUUACAUUUAUUAGUCGAUUUGACGUAUGUAUUUUUCAGUGUUGUACGCUAACGAACAGUAUUUGAUAAAUACGACACGUAAAUGUCAAAUCAUCGUUUUUAUAUAUAUUUAAAAUAUUGAAUAUGUUCUUCGGUGGAAUACGUAAAAAUCUUGCUAAAUAGAGAUUUUCUUGUGUGAAAAUAAUGAAACUAAAGGCUUCCGAAUGCAUUGAAAAGCUCUAUUUAAGUAAAAUAAUUUAUGUGCCUAAAUUUGUCAAUGCGUUAAGUUCGGACGCUAAGUUGCGAUGCACUAGACAAUUUAAACUCUUUGUUCGUCAGACUUAAGGUAUUUAGGUUUUUUACCAGUUAUUAAUCGUAUGUUUACGAUUAUAAUACGUGAAAGAUUCAAGCUUGUUAUAACGUCGGGCGGACUAAGUUGUGAUAGAAUGAAUUUAUGUAUCGGAUUGAUGACUGAUAUUGCAUAGGAUUUCUUUUAAAUAAUCUGACUCUUAACGACUCUAAGGAUUUUUUAAUUGAAACAUGAAAAUGAUAAAAUCUGUGUCACCUAUUUGUAUGAAUUUUUUUUAGUAUAUUGUGGAAUUCAGGAAAUAAAAAAAUGACAGAAAUGAAUUUAAUGCAAACAACUCUUGAUAGAUUUUUCUUUAUAUCGUUUUAACAAAUAAUAUCUUCUGUUUCUGUCAAUCUUCUUGGCUUAAUUAGUGAAUAAAAAUGGCGGAUCACAAAUAUAAAAAAAAACUUUUACUCUUAGUUUAGCUAUUGGAGUGACGUGUUCAGCUAUUCCAACGAUAGAUAAGGUUUAAUCUCUGUCUUUUAAAUUAUUUAUCGGACUUUAAACUACUUUUUUAACUUCUAUAGCAAACGAGGUCUAGUUUCCGAUUUAAUAUGUACUGUACUGCGUUACUUCUUAUGAGACGUAGAAUAAUUGGUCCGCCUGACCAUCGCAAACUGCAUAGUUGAUUUGUUUCAACGAUCUCUUAUAUUAUCUAGAUUAAUAGGCAUUUUCUUCUAUUAGAGUUAUAUUUAAGCACAACUAGUGGAUUUAUUUAUUUAGGAAACUGUUAAGUAGCGAUUUUCGACUUCUAUUUAGCUCACACUGCCGAUAAUAAAUUUGGAAUUCAUGUUAUUCUACCUAAACGCAGACUACGCCUCAAACAUUAACAAUUCGUCACCAUGGCAACAUAAGUUAAAUGUUACUCAUGCUCAUGGUAAGAUUUAAUGAGCUUAAUGGUAAACAUGGAUAGCGGAAACUCGCUAGAAGAGAGUGAGAUUUUUUAUAGGAGAACUGACCGACUCAUCGACCGAAGAACGAUCUAUUUGUGAAUCGUAUGAGAUUAAUUACGUAUUUAGAGAAAUAUGUGUGUUGCCAUGGUUACGAUGCCUUUGUUCUUUAGAUUUAAAAAACGCUGUAAGUUUUUCAUACUUAUGUUACUUUUUAUUUAAGUGAUGGUAAGUGGGUAGGAAAUUGAUACAACGAUUUUUUUGUUUAACUAUGGCUUAUAACAUUUAAAAUUAAUUUCCACUUCAUAAAUUACGAUUGAUACAAAGAUCUAUUUAAUGGACUGAAGGGUCUGCGUUGAUGGUAUUAGUAUAAUAGUAUCGAUACUUUUUAUAGUGUUUUGUAUGCAAUUGUUAGUGUAACGUUUUGUAUGAAACGUGCUUAGCUUUCAUCAAUAGAUAUUGUUUUUUCGUAAUUAUUCAAUACUAGCAUAAUGUUCUGGAUAAUAAAUGCAUUUUAAAUA